GACACCUGCAGCCUACUAGCCCAGCCCUCUCUGGAGUCUUGUCUCUCACGGACUGCUGAGAUCAAUCCGGACGGUGGCCAAAAAACCUUUUGUACCAUACGAUCGGGAUUCCGCGUCUGCAUGAGAGCGCGCGAAAAAAAGGACAGAAAAAGAAAAGAAAAAUCAAAAAUGAAAAAAAGAGGGGAAGGAUGGGAAAAAAACGUAGCAGGAAAAAAAAAAAAAAAAAAAAGUCGCCGGCCUGCGCCAUUGGAGACUUCCAACUCCCGGGCAAAGCUGGAUGGGUAAAAAAGUGUGUGUGUGUCUGGGUAUGGGUAUGGGUAUUGUGUACGCUCCUGGUUUUUCCAGUUGGGAUUCGGAUCGCUUUUGGUCCUUUCAGAGUUUCAGCAAAGGGGCGUGAUAACGUUAUAUUGAUCGCUUCGUCUCUCGUCGCUGCUUUUUUUCUUUUGCCAGUCCAUGCGACUUACUCCAUACCGGUUGGGUCUUCCAUUCUCCCCUCAUUUGCGGUUGUAUAAAUCCGCCCGAUACCACAGGCUGGAGUUUAUCCCCUCAUACAGCAGCCUUCGUCUUCCGCCUCGGUCCUCGUGACUGGAAGUGCUCGGACUGUAUCGGAAAAUCACUCGCUGUGGGCGAAUG